AUCAACAAAGAAUGAAAAAUGUGAGACGCUCGGGGAUAUCCAUCGACAAGAUACACGCGGACCACUUUUCUCGCAUGAGCCUUCUCUGGGUGCUGCCGGUUGCCACUCGUCGCUUCACGACAACCCCAGUUCAUUUUUCACUACCUGGUACUCUCACAAGAAGUAGACCGCUCUUCCAAAAUUAAUUUCCGAAGCAGCAAGAUGGAACUUGUUCCGACGUCGGAAGAAGCUACCCCACCGGAAGUUACCGAGGCCACACCACCUCCGAAAGUGACAGGAGGCAAAGAAUUGCGAUCUCUGUUGAACGAAAGCACUGAAGCUCCCUUUUCCGAUACGGUUCGGGAAGAAUUUGGAGAUGAACCGGGCGAUGAAGAAGAAGGCGAUAUGGAAGAUAUGGUUCUCAAAGAACACGAGGCCAGUUAUAAUGCCGCCAUGACCAGUGGGAAACUCUGGUGUGGCGCCGUGACGAUCCUGCUGAUUAUGUUGUUGGUCAUGCUCUUUGUCGAUUUUGGAGGGGAUUGCGACGACGACAAGGAUGGCGACGACUUUGAAGGUGGCGCUGGGGUCGAGUAUUACAGGAAUAUUAUUGAUAGCCAUGAAAUGACAACUCUCACGCUGGUCCGUGGAAGUGGCCUCUGCUCGCAAUUGAUGAAUGUCAUGGGACAGAAAAUUUAUUACACCGAACACGACCGUGGAUUCAUUGUCGAUGAUAACGAGUACGGAUACAGUUGGAACGAAACUGUGGGAAUGAUCAAGGGAUUCUUUACUCCCAAAUUUCCAGUCCUGGCAAAAGGCGAGUGGAAGGAGGUAUUCCAACGCCACUUUGGAGUUCCGGAUUAUGCCAAAGUCUUUCAAUUGGGAACACGACGCCCCCUGCAGAAAGGAAAGGUGGAAAUCAUGUCGUCACUCUUCCAGGGAUACCGAAACGCCUUUGAGCAGGAGUACGGCACCAAUGGAGAUACGCUCUACAAUCGAUUUGUACAAGAAGCAUGUUCCAGCUUUCAGUUGAAUCCCCGCGCCAAGGCGGAAAUUGAAUACCUCAUCCAACGAAAUGGCAUCCCCAAUCUUCGUGAAGGAACGUCCGUGGCAUUUCAUGUGCGACGAGGAGCGGAUCAGAAAAAAGAACACACGAUUUAUCCCGGCAAAAAUUAUGUCGAAAAGCUCCUCAAAGUGGCGCCCAACAAAAACAUCGACAGUUGCUUUGUCUCCUCGGAUGAUUUUUCUGCAGUCUACGAGGUGAAUGCCGCAUUGGAGCAUUAUGGUGUCAACUGCACGGUCUAUCAUCUGACCCGGGCAGAAGCCUCCGGGUUGGAAAAUGAUCUGGCAUAUGAAAACUUUGAAAAUGCACUCGAAUUCUUUGCCGACCUGUACCUCAUGACGGAUGCAACCUACUUUGUUGGAACCUUUGACUCCAACGUGGCGACGGUGGUGUCGCUGUGGCGUGCAUGCAAAUACAAGGAUGCGCCUCAUUAUGCAAAUUCGUACGGAAUCGACAAGGAAGACUGGUACUACAGGUUACAUUAGUUUUAGGAGGUGAUCCGGCUGGUUAUUAUCAUCGCAGAUUGCAAGAUUUCUUCUGGAAGGUGCAUGUGUUUUCAUGGUCCAUACCGGUAGCAUCAGGCUUGAUCGCGAAAGCAAAAAAUCCAUUUCUACAACGUCAAAAGUACACAAACUCAAGCAAACAUCCAUUUCUACACAGCUUCUAGCAAAAAUACAUUUCUACAACGUCUAACUAAACCACAACCUACAC